AUGUCCGGCGAUUUCCCGUUCGCGGCGAAGAUAGUGAGCCCCAUAAAGUGCAAUGAGAAGCCUUGGGAUCUAUGGGUUAGCGAGAUCGGUCACCAGUCGCCGCGGCGGGAUGAAGACAGCGCGGGGUUCACGUCGCCGACGGCGGUGGAUGGCAAGGGCGCGCCCACCCGACGCCUGCACGACCCUCACCCGUACAAGACCGCGGACAAGACUCAAGCCCGUUACCGCCGCGCCGGUGUCAACCGCCUCCGCAGCGAAAGCAUGAGCCUACAUGGUCUCUUCCCACAAAUGGACAAUUUAAAUGCCGCAGUGUGUCAUAUGUGUGGAGUUAUAGUGAAGUGUAGUGCAGCGUACAGACAUUUACUCGAGUCUCAUACUGGUGCAGAACCAAUACUACCGCCGCCUCCCCCUACGGUAAAACUUAAAUCUGUUCCUGGUAGGAGUAGACACAAAAAGGAACCACCACCCCCCGUCCCUAUAGACAUUCUGCCCGUUAAGAUAGAGACAUCUCCUGUUCACACUGCAGCAGCCCCUAUCUCUAGAAUAGUAUUGCCCCAACCUGACCUACAGUACCUGGAGGAAGCUAGUACAUCCUCUGCCAUCUCGGGGGAAGUUCAAGUCAGCGUGGAGAGUGGAGAGUUACCUGUCGUCAGUAUACAGGACACAGAGGAUUUGCCCCUCGGUGAAAACAUAACAGAUGAUAUUUUUGCAAUUAUGAAUUCUGAAGGUAUUCAAAGCGCCGACGACAUCACAAAUACCGCUGAUUGGAAGAAUAUAAUUAGAGAUAUAGGCAAUAUGCAGGAAAUAAACUUCCCAUCAACCACUGAUACCGUACAAUCACAAGACUUGUAUAGUACGGUAGAUGCAUCACUAGCGAGCUACUCAAUAACCGAUACGGACCUAUCGAACUUACAAUUCGCGCCCAGCACAUCCCCUAUGCUGUCAUCUGUGAUAGAUAAUAGUGUACUCAACACUCAAGCUUUAAAACCGGCGUCGAGCACGCCCUCAACGAAGGCGUCGCGGAAGUCGAGUAAAACGAAAUCCAACCGGGAAUACGACCCGAACAAGCACUGCGGCGUCGUCACCGCAGAGAACCCGAAGCCCUGUACUAGGUCGCUGACAUGCAAGGCGCACGCCCUGUCGUUGCGGAGGACGGUGGAGGGCCGCGCCAAGCCCUUCGACACCCUGCUGGCGGAGCACCGCGCCUCGAAGGACCUCGCCUCCGCGCCUCCCGCACCCCCUGCGCCCCUGCCACCCCUCCCACCCCUGCUAGUCAACACGCUCGACCUCGGUGCCUUCAACGGGCUAACAGCGGAGCAGCAGGUCGAUGAUAUCUACGCGAGUUUGCUGAGCGUAGAGGAGCCCGCGCUGCCGGACCCCGCAAGCCAGACAGCCGAGCCCUCCGCACUUGCCGCGCCCUCCGCACUCGCUGCGCCCUCCGCACUCGCCGCGCCCACCGCCCCCGCCGCCCCCGCCGCCCCCGAAGGCCCACCACCCCUGCUGCCGGCUGACGUGUGCUGGUACACCGCCCCGCCGCGACCACUCGCCCUCUGUACCUUCAACGCGUCGCAGGCGGGCGGCGCAGUCACACUAGGAAAGAAGUUUGCCACCGUACGCAGUAACAUCAAAUCCUCGCUCUCGCGUUCGAACAAGUCCGGCGCCGGUAACUACUACAACCAGAGCCUGUCGCUGUCCAAGACGCUGCACGUGGGCUGUAAGUCCAACAAGCCGGGAGUGCGAAAACUAAUAGUGACGUGUAGUGCGCCCGGGGCGGGAAAGGAGCACCAGACUCUGAGUGAACUAUUCGGUGGCGAAGUGCGGCACGCGCUUAAUGGGCACGUGGGGCUUUCUGGACACGCGGGGCUAACGGGGCACCCGGGGUUAGCGGAACGCAAGACGAAACUGAAAGGCUCAAAACGCGCGGCCGGCGCGGCCCUUGAUCUCGGUUUCGCGCUGGACCCGUUGCUCGCGGACGAAAAAUGCUGAACUAUAAGCAAUCACCGGUUGUGUAGUCACAUUUGUGUAUUUAUUUACCGAGUGGAUCGGAUCGGACUUGUGCCGUAAAUGUUGUUGUGACAAGUUUGUCCCCGACGGAGUUCGCGAUAUACGAUAAUGUUAAAUCUCAUUUUUUUUAUCGAAAAACGAACUAAUGUUUGUAUUAUUUUGUAUAUUAUUUAUAAGAAAUUUUUUAAAUUGCCGACGCGAAUGUCGGCCCGUUGGUGAAAAUUAAUAGAAUUAUGCAGAAUGGUUGUAUUUUUUCGAAUGUAUUUCACUCAUUGUUGAUUCUGAAAUGAAUACUGAAAAAGGGCCUAGGAUUAAUGUUUAAUGUGAUGAAAAUUUCCAUGUAAAAAUAUAAAUACUAUUAAAAUAAGUCUAUCCGUAACAGUAAAUCGCCUCCUUUUGAAAAUACCUCAAUUACUCAAA